AUGCAACGUCUACGGCCCCUGCGCGCAAUCCUCACCCGCGGAUCCCGCGCACGCACCUACUCAUCCUUCCAAACCCGUCCCGCGCCCCCGAAGCUCCCCGCCUCGGAGCAAGCCGAAUUCGAGCGUCUCCAACGCGAAGCCGCCGUCUCCUCCGCCUUCCAACCCGCAAACACUGGCGCUUCCGCAGAAUCACCGUCCACCCAGGAACAGGCGCAGACGCAGGCUACGCUCACGGAAGAAGAGAGCGUGCAUCCGGCCCUGUUCCGCGGCGCACCGCCCGAGUUUGAGGGCGACAAGAACCCGAAGACGGGCGAGGUGGGUGGUCCGAAGAACGAGCCUCUGCGGUGGGGAGGCGACGGCGACUGGAGCUAUAACGGGCGUGUGACGGAUUUUUAA